AUGCCUGACCUCAGCGACUGGUUAAGCCCACGGCCCAUCCUAUCACUCUUCGCCUACCUUCUCCGCGUUCCCAUUUUAUCCGCCAUCGCCGCAAAGCACCUCGUCACCCUUGUAUUCUCGGUUGCCCUUGCCAUGGGGAGAACAGUGCGCGGCAAGGCCGACUUCAAGAGACAUUUGACUUCACCAGAGAAGAAGCCGUCCGCUGUUCAGGUUGAAGACGCGACAUGUCUCAUUUGCCAGGAAACCAUCGGUACCCGCACUGCGGAGGGCGUCAAGGAGGGCUUCAGCAUGUUACCAUGCGGGCAUCGCUUCGGUAGCCACUGCAUAAAACGCUACCUCGCCAUCACGGCCGACGAGCAGCCGCUGUGUCCCAUCUGCCGCCACGUAGCGUACCACGACGCCUGCGGCCACCCGGUGCUGCCAUUUCUACUAAAUCCCAGUGGCACACACCCGGACCUCGUCGCGGAUGAGACCGGGAAGCUACGCCCGCCGAAGUGCAGCGGGGAGGAAUUGAUGACGGCGCCGUGCGAGUACUGUUUGAUGCCGGAUGAGGAAAAGAACAAGGUGGAAGAAAAGCGGCCGGGUCGCCUGCAAAAGUUGGGGAUGCCGUUCCGCUGGUUGCGUAUUCUGCUGCCCUUCUCCCGCAAAGGGAAGGAGGCCCACGACGACCACACGACGAACCAGGAGGACACUACCGGCCAAGACCACCGUUUGUCUCGCCAGGAGGCGCGCAACAGAAGGAGAACCCCGGCCAACACUGGAACCUGGGAAGGCCCAUGGAUGGAUCUCACUGCAGCGUUGAACUCGCUCGAGAAGAUCGCGUGGAUGCGCCUUGACGAUGAAACGGUCCGCUUCACUGUGAUUCCUGAUACGGGCUCCCAAGUAUGGGCUUCCCUGUCGGUCGACCUGAUCUUUGACAACUACAACAUCCAAUCCGCCGAAGCCAACAACACCAUCAACCUCGAACUGCCCCUCGGCCCUCUCCAACGCGCCCUCAAGUCCGCCGUCGGCAGCAGCUAUGCCAGCCUGCGCCUCACCAAGCGGGAUGGCGUCCCAAUGCUGUCCAUGACAAUCCACACCAUGACCAAAGACGGCGCCCAAGACACCCGCGGCGGCGGCGGCGGUGGCGGCGGCUUCCCGAGCACAGCAGCAGCAGCAGCGGGAGGAGCAGGACGGCACGACGCGGACCCGUUCGGCGACCCGGACCUGUUCGCGCAGGAGUCACUGGAGCUGACCAUGAAGCGCGAGCGCGAGAAGAUCAUCACCCAGGACAUACCCGUCCGCGUCCUGCACCCCGACACGGUCGAGACCAUCAUGCAGCCCAAGGUGCGCGAGCCCGACGUGCACAUCCAGCUGCCACCCCUCCUACAGCUCAAAGCCAUCUCGGACCGCUUCACCAAGCUCGCCCUCACCGCCUCCUCCACCUCCUCCUCCUCCACCGGCGGCCGAACCGGCGGCAGCAGCAGCGGCAACCAAAACCCCAAACUGACCCUCUCGGCCAACAUGCACGGCGCGCUGCGCCUGCGGCUGGCGACCGAGACGCUCGACAUCACGUCGGUGUGGAAGGGGCUGGAGAACCCGGAGCUGGACCCGGCGCAGCUGGCGAUGCCGCUGGCCGAGCACCCGUCGACGCGGUUCCGCGAGGCCGGCCCGGACACGUGGGCGACGGUGCGCGUCGACGGCAAGGACUGGAGCCGCGUGCUGAGCGUGGGCCGUCUCGAGGGUCGCGUGAUUGCGUGUUUUGCGGAUGAUCACGCGCUGAUCUUGUAUGUGUACGUGCCGCAUGUGGAUGAUGCUGGGGCGGAGGAUGUGGUGACGUAUUAUGUCUCGAGUUAUAGUGCUUAG